CCUAUGCUUGGAUACAUUCAAUAUGUUCAAUGUAUGUUUGCAGGUACACGUCAUAAGUGUAUCGUACGAUUAUUGUUAAAACUUAGUUUUACAAAAAAUUUUUGACAUAAGUUUAUCUAAAAUAUGGAGACGUUAUAUCAUCAAACGAAUAAAUUGGUUCAAGAAACGCAACAUCUUUUCUCACAAUUGGAAAAAAAUCCUUCUAACCUGGAUUUAAAGGAAAUAGAAAAUGCCAUAGAAUCCAAAAUCAGUCUCAUCAACAGUAAUUGUGAACGACUUGAUGUACUUUGUUUAAAAGGAUCUAUUUCACCUAUUUCACCUUUCAAAAGACAAAAUGCAAAAAUGAGAGUAGAUCAACUUAAAUACGACAGUCGUCAUUUGAAUGCUGCUUUGAAUACUUGGAGAAAUCAAUUAAUUAGAAAGCAACGAGAAGAAGCAGAGCGGGAGGCAUUAUUGUCGCAAACAUUUACUACAAAUGAUCAUAUCGAUAUUAUGAUAGAUCAAAAUAUGCAACAUAAUUAUAGUUUGCGAAAUGCAGUAAACGGUGUAGAUGAUCUUAUUUCUCAUGGUACAGGAAUCUUAGAUAAUUUAAGAUCACAAAGAAUUACUUUAAAGGGAGCUCACAAACGUUUGGUAGAUAUUGGUAACACCUUAGGUCUUUCAAAUACAACUAUGAGACUUAUAGAACAAAGAGCUCGUCAAGAUGGAUUUAUUUUAUUCUGUGGUAUGCUUUUAACAUGCUUAGUGAUAAUUCUAGUCAUUAUUUACUUUACGUAAAGAAAAAGAAAGAAAGAGAGAGAGAGAGAGAGAAAUAAGUAAACAACGAAAAACUUGUAUGUUUAUAUACAUGUUUGACACACUCCAACAAAUAUAUUCAAUAUUGUUUUAUCCAGAAUAUUAAAGUUUUGAUCUUGAUGUGAA